AUGUCGACACCACGGCAGCGCGUGCGGCCGUCAAACUCACCCAUGCACACCACCGAUGCUCAGCGCAAAGCUCGUGAAGCUUCUCUCAACGCCCUGACUGGAAACGCUCCUCGCUCACCUGGACCAACAUCCAACAUGGCCGACUCGUCCGUUGCCUUGGGCGACAUGGUCAACGUGCCUGGCGACAUGUACGGCACGGUCAAGUUUGUCGGGCCCGUCAGGGGCAAGCAGGGCAAGUUCAUUGGUGUCGAACUGGCCAGCGAAUUUGCUGCCAGAGGAAAGAACGAUGGCGACGUCGAUGGCAUCCGCUACUUCGACACGGACAUGCCUGGUGCUGGCAUCUUUCUGCCUGUCCACCGUGCAGAGAAGCGCCAAUCGCCUUCGCGCCCCCGUCCGCCCUAUCCUGGCACCCCGACCACGCCGUCCCACUACCGUCUAGACUCAUAUACUCCUCCAACAGCUGCGAUGCCCAACUUCUCGCAGUCAAUGGGGCCUGGUGCCCGUCCUCCUAGUCCUCUGUCCAAGCUAAAGUCUCGUCGUCCAUCCCUACCACGCCCCGAAUCUCCUUUCCGCAAACAGCCCAAUCUGGUCCCUACUCCAGCUCGCAACUUCUCCAUGAGCCAGAGAUCCGCCGUACCUCCACGAUUCACCUCAAGUCCCGCACCGCCUCUGUUGACCACGCCUCGUGCUGCUAGUAGAUCUGCAGCUCCUUCGCGCCCAUAUUCACGCACAGGCUCUCGUGUUGGCAAUCGUGGCGACUCGCAACGCCCUUCGACUAGUUCCGCCGCCUCGAUUGCUAGACGCUCUCCGUCGCGCCAGGUGGCGGUCGAUCAAGAUGGCGAAAUCCAGAGACUGCUUGCUCAAAUCGAAGAAAAGGACCGACAAUUACAAGAGCAAGCUGGUUCGCUAGUAGAAAUGGAAGCUAGCUUGAAAGAGAUUCAAGACUUGAUACCCGCCGAUGGAUUGGAUGCCGACGAAAGCUCAGACGUCUAUGAACUGCGUCAGGCUAUACACGACAGAGACGACAAGAUUCAAUCUCUCAUCGACGAGUUCGACGCCCACCGCGCAGACUUCCGGAGCACCAUAGAUACCCUGGAAUUGGCCUCCGCCGAGACUGAGCGUGUGUAUGAAGCAAAGAUUGCUGAUUUACUUGCCGAGAUUCAUGAACUGCGCGAACUUGGUCACAGCCGCGAGGAUGUUGAGAACGUCGCGCGCCAGCUUAAGGGGCUGGAAGAGCUUGUUGCCGAGCUCGAGGAGGGUCUGGAAGAUGCGCGCCGUGGUGAAGCAGAGGCUCGAGGAGAGGUCGAGUUUUUAAGGGGAGAAGUCGAAAGAGGACGGAGCGAACUGAGAAGAGAAAGGGAGAAGGCUGCCAGAGCAUUACAGGGAGCCAAAGAUGCAGAAGGCCAAAACCCCAGAGACAAGGAUGUCGAAUUGAAGGAUGAUGAAAUCAGGGGUCUCAAGGCAAUCAUACACUCACUCAGCUCUGGUCCGGAGGCGAGUCCUAUGGCACGACAAAGCCCAGCACCCGGACGCUUUGCCGACCCCGAAGAGUUGAAAAACACUCAGGCGACCGUUCAACAGCUCGAGCGCGAGAAGUCUGAGCUUCAAGGACUGAUCGAUCGGAAGGCCUUCCGUGAGGAGGAACUGGAGCGUGCAGUCGACCAACUAAGACGAGCAGCCGAGCAGGAGAGGGACAGUAUCAUAAACACCGAGGCAGCAGCCGAGGAAGUGCCACGCCAUCAUCUAUCAAGAUCCCCCGAAAACGUCAGAUCUCCGACUCGUUAUAGAUCACCACGCAAGGACGAACAGAGAUUGUGGUGUGACUCAUGCGACUCCCCUGGACAUGAUACCAGGACCUGUCCCGAUGCGGAAGGCGUCGACAACCAUGAGAGUAAUGGCGGCCAUGAAGGUCAACCGAAGCACGACGAACCAGAACCAGAACAUGAACUGUCCCAGUCCAUGCAGGGUCUGAAUGUUUCGGCGCCCAGCAGAGACAGGUAUAAUGACAAGCUCGAAGCACCCGCACCGCUUUCGCUACGGAAGACUUUGAGCAACAACAGUAACAACAAUGUUGCAGAGAACACCAAGGACAGCAAAGACACAUCCGAGAUGGACAACGACAAAUGGUGUGCACUUUGUGAAAAAGAUGGUCAUCUGGCAUUCGACUGCCCUGACGAGCAGUAUUAG